CAGGCUUCUACAGCAGUGGGUGUAAUUCAUGUUGCCUCCUGCAGGAUCGCAUUCUUCACGAGGCCGAAUACGGAACAUCAUAGUAUCACACGACUUCACUCAACGGUCUUCUAUUCUAACGUCUAUUUUCUUCAACGAUGGACGCGGGGUUCUUCCGCGGCACCAGUGCGGAGCAGGACAACCGGUUCAGCAACAAGCACAAGAAACUAUUAAAGCAGCUGAAAUUUGCAGAAUGUCUGGACAAGAAGGUGGAUAUGACCAAAGUCAACCUCGAAGUCAUAAAGCCAUGGAUCACUCAACGGGUGACAGAGGUUUUGGGAUUCGAAGAUGAUGUCGUCAUAGAGUUCAUAUUCAACCAGCUUGAUGAUAAGCACCCGGAUAGCAAGAUGAUGCAGAUUAACUUGACGGGUUUCCUGAAUGGGAAAAAUGCCAGAGAGUUCAUGAGAGACCUUUGGCCCUUGUUGCUGAGCGCCCAGGAGAACAUUGCUGGCAUCCCAACUGCCUUUUUGGAACAGAAGAAAGAAGAGAUUAAGCAGAGACAGAUCGAACAGGAGAAGCUUGCUUCUCUGAAGAAGUUAGAGGAGGACAAAAAGGAUGCAAGAGAAAGGGCUCAGUCAAAGAGCCCGAGAAGACGCAAGACGAGGUCCCCGUCGCCACGACGCAGGUCUCCAAUGAGGCGCGAAAGGAAACAUAGCCCUUCACGCUCCCCAAGGCGUAAAGUGCCGCUACCUGGUGCGAGUUCACCUCCUCCACCCUUGAUGCAGCUUUCCACAAAACCUGUGGAGCAGCCAAUAGAGCCUGACACAGCAGGAAGAGCCAUACCAGAACCAGUUCCCCAAGAACCGUCUUCAACCAGUGAAACUGUUGUGGAGAUGGCAAAAGCAGACUCAGUGACUGAAGAGAAGGAGCUUCCACCUGAGAAAGCCAAGAUUGAGGAGAGGCCAAAAUCCAGGGAAAGGGAGAAGGACAGUAGGAAGGAAAGACCCCAGCGCCGCUCCCGUUCUCAUUCUCGCCACCGCAAACGGCGGUCCCGUUCAAGAUCUUAUUCUCCACGUAGAAGACAAAGUCCCAGAAGGAGAAUGUCACCUCGUAGAAGAAGCCCACCCAGACGGCCCCCUCCCAGCUCCAGAAACAGACCCAGGCGUUCUCCUGUUCGCAGGAGACGAUCUCGCUCAGCUUCAUCCUCUGGCAGCAGCUCUUCUCCCUCCCGCUCACCUAAAAAAGUAAUAAAAAGAAUAUCCAACUCGCCUCCACGAAAACAGCCCCACUUUCCCGAUGCCUCCGUUAGCCCUCCCAGGAAAGACAGGCGAUCACCAUCUCCACGGGUCAUGAGGGGCAGAGGGUCAGCAUCUCCUGCCAGAUCAUCUGAGGAGGAUAAAAAUGAGAAAGGUGCAACUGCGGAUUCUGUGCAGCAGAGACGACAAUAUCGUAGACAGAAUCAGGAGUCAUCUUCAGAUUCAGGAUCUUCCUCCUCGGGCGAGGAAGCGUCCAAGAGACCAAAAGGAGGACCAGUUGCCAGAAAUGGUGACGUUAAGAGGAGGCGUAGCCAUUCUCCCUCCCCAAGGAGGCCACAGAGAGAGGCCUCUCCUAGGAAAAGACGAUCACCAUCCCCUGGUCCUCGCAGACGCCGUUCCCUUACUCCUCCUGUAAGGCGUCGCAGGUCCCCUUCACCAAGACGAAGGUCUCCUUCCCCACCUCCCCGCAGACGAUCUCCAUCCAACAGGCGUUAUUCGCCUCCUAUCCAGCGUCGCUACAGCCCCGUACCUCCUCAAAAGAGGAAAUUAUCUAUCUCUCCUGCUCGACGUGUUUCACCAGGGCACAAGCGCCGUCCUUCCCGAUCCCCCAAACGCCGAAGUUCUCCCAUCCAGCGGAGGCGCACACCUCCCUCGUCGAAUUCCCCGCCGAGACACAGAAGAAGCCCCAAGCCCUCUUCUGUCCGCCUAAGUCGUGAUGCCCGAUCUCCUGCUGCAGCAGCAGCAGCAGCAGCAAAUCGGCGCUCUCAGUCCCCCGCAAAUCGCGGUCGCAUUAACAGAGAUUCCAUCAGUCCUGCCAGACAUUUUGAAUCCUCCAACCAGCGGAAACUCUCUCCAUUACACAGUGAAAAGCCUAUCCGAAGAGUCUCACGCACCCCGGAGCCACGCAACAAUCAGCGACUUUCUGUGAGCCCUCAGCCUUUCAGGAGAGUUUCGUCCAGGUCUCGAUCCCUUUCUCCUCAACAAGCUGCUGUGAAACACCCGGCGCCCACAUCUGCCUCUCCCUCACCAUCUCGAUCCGCAAGUGCGUCCCCCGCACUAGCCAAAAAGGCAAGCAGUGGAUCCGGUAGCCGAUCACCGAGCAAGAAUUCCGAUGUCGAUGGCAGUGCCAAGAAGAAGAAGAAGAAGAAGGAAAAGAAGCAUAAGAAAGACAAGAAGCACAAGAAGCACAAGAAGCAUAAGAAGGAAAGGAGUGUCAACGCCGGUAGUGGAGAGACCCAGCAGAACCAGGGUGGGGAUGAAGAUGGUGAAUCAAGAAAGGAAUCAGAGAGUGAAGUGGAGGAUACGUUGGAUGACCUGGAGAAACAUCUGCGAGAGAAGGCCCUACGCUCUAUGAGAAAGGCGCAGGUGUCUCCAUCACAGAUGUCCUAAAUUUCUAGGGGCAUCCUUUUCACAUUAACCUUGAUGUUUGUGAUAAAAACUGAUUCAACUUAGAAUGUACAAACUGUUGGCGUUAUUUCCUUUUUCAGGUUUGAGGCAUUGCUUUUGAGUGUUGAGUUGUCAGACAGCCUACCAGCUAAACUGUUAAAGCUCCUGUGUUGUCCAUAACUACCAAAUUGAUAAGCGUGGGAACAUGUAAAUUUGGGGUUGAUUUAUAGUUUUUUUUUUUCUUCUUCUUUCCUCCCCUUCCCAUAACCAAAAGUAGACUCAUUGUAUGAAGUGAUUGCAUGUGCAGUGAUUGUUUCUGGUUUGCAUGAACCACUGGCUGUGGCAUAUAAAGGAAAAGCUGCACAUACUUGUACAUGGUCCUAUUAACCUUCAAAUUCGAAGCAGUUAGAAAAAAUAAGGAAAAAACGUUUUUGGCUUCAGCAUUGCACAUUUUGAUUUACCAGCUGGUUUUUGUGACUUGUUGAGGAUGCUGUAAUUUAUCCAACUUCAUUUUCUCUCCCCCCCUUUGGACAUCCUUGAAACAAGCUAAGCUGUGUGGGACUGCUUUUUUUUUGUAUUUAGUACCCCCCAAUCUGUAUUGUCAGCCUUUCACAAUUAAAACUUUUUUAUAGAA